AUGGGGGAGGUGGAGCCGGGGCCCGCGGGCCCGCUGGAGCCCCCGGAGCCGCCCGAGGCGCCCACGAGCCGCCAGCCAGGAGGGAUCCGGGUCCUGAAGAGAAAUAUGAAACGUAAUGGAAGCAGAAAUUGCUUAACUAGGAGAAAUAGGUUUGGUUCUCGAGAAAGAGACUGGCUGAGAGAAGAUGUGAAGAGAGGCUGCGUUUACCUGUAUGGCGCUGAGUCCAGCACUGCCACCGCACCAGCCACUUCCUCCGUCCCUUCCUCCUCCUGCGCUGACUACCAUCUCGUCCUUUGCACAGUGGACACACCAGCGUCAGAAAUAUGUGCUGGAGAAGGCAGAGAAAGUCUUUAUAUACAACUUCACGGAGACUUGGUCAGGAGACUGGAGCCUGCUGAACGACCUCUUCAGAUUGUCCAUGAUUACUUGUCCAGGCUGGGAUUCGAGGACCCCGUGCGCAUACAGGAGGAGGCCAGAAAUCCUGACCUCGGCUGUAUGAUCCGAUUCUAUGGUGAGAAACCAUGCCAGAUGGAUCAUCUGGAUCGUAUCCUGCUGUCUGGUAUCUAUAACGUGCGCAAGGGAAAGACCCAGCUGCAUAAGUGGGCUGAGCGCCUCGUUGUCCUCUGUGGCACCUGCCUUAUUGUUUCCUCAGUGAAGGACUGUCAGACUGGGAAGAUGCACAUUUUGCCUCUGGUUGGGGGAAAGAUAGAAGAAGUGAAGCGCCGGCAGCACUCCCUUGCCUUCAGCUCAGCUGGAGCCCAAGCCCAGACCUAUCACGUCAGCUUCGAGACUCUGGCUGAGUACCAGAGGUGGCAGCGGCAAGCAUCCAAGGUGGUGUCCCAGCGCAUCAGCACUGUGGAUCUUUCCUGCUACAGCCUAGAGGAAGUUCCAGAGCAUCUCUUCUACAGUCAAGAUAUCACCUACCUCAACUUGCGACACAACUUCAUGCACUCUGAAAGGCCAGGGGGCCUCGACACACUCUACAGAUUCUCUCAACUGAAGGGCCUGAACUUGUCUCAUAAUAAACUUGGACUAUUUCCUGUAUCGUUGUGUGAGAUCUCUACUCUGACUGAGCUCAACCUUUCCUGUAAUGGAUUUUAUGACCUGCCAAGUCAGAUUGGUAAUCUGCUAAACCUUCAAACCCUCUGUCUUGAUGGUAACUUUCUGACAACUUUACCUGAAGAAUUAGGAAAUCUGCAACAACUCUCCUCCCUGGGCCUCUCCUUCAACAACUUCAGUCAGAUACCUGAGGUUUAUGAGAAACUCACUGUGGUAGAUAAAAUUGUUAUGGCAGGAAAUUGCCUGCAAGUCCUAAGCCUAGGAGUACUGAACAGGAUGAGCCGUGUCAAGCAUGUGGAUUUAAGGAUGAAUCAUUUGAAAACAGUGGUUGUUGAAAAUCUGGAGGGAAAUAAACAUAUCACUUCCAUGGAUUUGCGGGACAAUCAGCUGACAGAUUUGGAUCUUAGCUCCUUGUGUAGCUUGGAGCAGCUGCAUUGUGAGCGGAACCAGCUGAGGGAGCUGACACUGAGUGGAUUCUCCCUUCGAGCUCUCUAUGCCAAUUCCAACAAGCUGACAGCAGUGAGCGUCUAUCCAGUUCCUAGCCUGCUCACUACCCUGGAGCUGUCCCGAAACUUGCUAGAGUGUGUCCCUGACUGGGCCUGCGACGCAAAGAAGAUAGAAAUAAUAGAUGUGAGUUACAACCUUCUCACAGAGGUUCCCGUGAGAAUUCUGAGUAGCUUGAGUCUGAGGAAGUUGAUGAUGGGACACAAUCAUGUUCAGACCCUUCCAGCGCUGGUGGAGCACAUCCCUCUUGAGGUACUGGAUGUGCAGCAUAAUGGACUCAGCAGGCUGCCAGAUACACUCUUCUCCAGGGCUUUAAACCUCAGAUACUUGAAUGGGUCCGCAAAUAGUCUGGAGUGUUUGCCGUCUGCGUGUGCUGCUGGGGAGAGUUUGAGUGUGCUGCAGCUGCUUUACCUGACCAACAAUCGCCUGACUGACCAGUGCAUACCUGUGCUGGUGGGGUUCCCGCACCUGCGAGUCCUGCACCUGGCCAACAACCAGCUGCAGACCUUUCCUGCGAGCAAACUAAAUAAAUUGGAGCAGUUGGAGGAACUGAACCUGAGUGGCAACAAGCUUAAGACAAUUCCCACAACUAUAGCAAACUGCAAAAGGCUGCACACUCUGGUUGCACACUCCAACAACAUCAGCAUUUUCCCAGAGAUUCUGCAGUUGCCUCAGAUCCAGUUUGUAGAUCUAAGUUGCAAUGACUUGACAGAAAUCCUGAUUCCAGAGGCUCUGCCCGCUACGUUACAGGACCUUGACCUCACUGGAAACACGAAUCUGGUUCUGGAACACAAGACACUAGACAUAUUUAGUCAUAUCACAACACUGAAAAUUGAUCAGAAACCUUUACCAGCCACAGAUUCUACAGUUACAUCAACCUUCUGGAGCCACGGACUGGCUGAGAUGGCAGGACAGAGGAACAAGCUGUGUGUGUCUGCCCUGGCUGUGGAGAGCUUCGCAGAGGGCGUGGGCGCUGUGUAUGGCAUGUUUGACGGGGACAGGAACGAGGAGCUCCCCCGCCUGCUGCAGUGCACGAUGGCAGAUGUGCUUUUGGAGGAAGUACAGCAGUCAGCCAAUGACACAGUUUUCAUGGUGAACACCUUCUUGGUAUCUCACAGGAAACUAGGAAUGGCUGGGCAGAAGCUGGGCUCCUCUGCUCUCCUGUGCUGCAUCCGUCCUGACACUGUCGAUCCCGCAAACAGCUUUACCUUGACUGUGGCCAACGUUGGCACCUGCCGAGCAGUCCUGUGCCGGGGCGGGAAGCCGGUGCCCCUGUCCAAAGUCUUCAGCCUGGAACAGGAUCCAGAGGAGGCACAAAGAGUGAAGGACCAAAAAGCCAUCAUAACAGAGGACAACAAAGUGAAUGGGGUAACUUGCUGUACCCGGAUGCUGGGCUGCACAUACCUCUACCCUUGGAUCCUCCCCAAGCCCCACGUUUCUUCUACUCCUCUCACCAUUCAAGAUGAGUUGCUGAUUCUGGGAAACAAAGCCUUGUGGGAACACCUGUCAUACACAGAAGCUGUCAACGCGGUGCGUCAUGUGCAAGACCCACUAGCAGCAGCCAAGAAGCUGUGCACGUUAGCACAGAGCUAUGGGUGCCAGGACAAUGUGGGGGCAAUCGUAGUUUAUCUGAACAUUGGUGAGGAAGGCUGCACUUGUGAGAUGAAUGGACUCACGCUCCCAGGUCCUGUGGGGUUUGCUUCCAGCAGCACAGCUAAGGACGGCCCCAAGCCAACCACCCCUUCGUCCAGUAGUGGCAUCGCCUCAGAGUUCAGCAGUGAGACGUCCACCUCAGAGGUGAGCAGUGAGGUAGGCUCCACUGCUUCUGAUGAGCAUAACACCGUGGGCCUGGACGCUGGCUUGCUUCCCAGGCCAGAGAGGCGCUGCAGCCUCCAUCCGGCAGCCCCCUCUGGGGUGUUCCAGCGGCAGCCUUCCUGUGCCACCUUCUCCAGUAAUCAUUCUGACAAUGGCCUAGACAGUGAUGAUGACCAGCCGGUCGAAGGGGUCAUAACAAAUGGCAGCAAGCUGGAAGUGGAAGUGGAUAUCCACUGCUGCAGAGGGAGGGACCUUGAGAACGCUCCUACGCUCCGAGACAACUCUCCCACUCCCUGUCCCGAGGAACCUGCUAGAAGCUUGUGUUUUGGGAUCCGCAGACAGAACAGUGUGAACAGUGGAAUCCUCCUCCCAGUGAGCAAGGACAAGAUGGAGUUACAAAAGUCCCCCUCCACUUCCUGUCUCUAUGGAAAGAAACUCUCCAAUGGUUCCAUUGUGCCCCUAGAAGACAGCCUGAACCUCAUUGAGGUUGCCACAGAAGUACCCAAGAGGAAAACUGGCUAUUUUGCUGCUCCGACUCAGCUGGAGCCAGAAGAUCAACUUGUUGUACCUCGUGACCUGGAGGAAGAAGUGAAGGAGCAGAUGAAACAGCAUCAGGAGGGCAGACCCGAGCCCGAGCCCAGCGAGGAGGAUCGGACUGAGCCCCCGGAGGAGUUUGACACUGCGCUGUGAUACGAUGCUGCCCCUGGAGUGGGCAGGUGUGAGAGGAGGCUUGUGGGGUUGGGGUGGGGACCCUUCCAGAGGCAUUUGGCCUCUGCGUUGCUAAACCAUAGACACGUGAGGUAGAACUCAGAGCCAAAGGUGAGUACUGUCAGGGUCUGGCCCCAGAUAAGCCAGUUGUCGCCUUCAGUGUUGAGUUUCUGCUUCUGCCUGCGAUGGAAUUCCCAGGGUUGCCAGGCAGAGGGCGAUGUUGCCCCGUGUCAGUCCUGCCACCUGCCAUUAACCCUUUCUCGCCUAAGAAGGAUUUCUGAGGACUUGCCUGUCUGGGCAGGGAGGGGGUAUUUCUGUGGAGGAAGUGACUGAAGAUUGAUUCCCUUUACCGAUUGCUGCUGAUGGGUCUCUGCCCAGAGAAAAUCACCUUGUCUCACAGACUAGCAGGGGUGUGAUGUGACUCGUCACAUGCUUUUCAUUCUUCUCUACGAGAAUACAACCUAUCAAAAUGAUGCUUAUUGGAAAUGUAGAACCAAUCAAACAGAUAAUUUAUGUAUGUAAUGUAAUGAGAGCACUUUUCAUUGUGAACUUUUAUUUUUGAAUCUGCAUUCGAGCCAAUCUUUGAGGCAGCCCGGCACCUCUGUGCAAAAGCAGAGAGAUCCCGGGUGUUGGAGCCUUUUUUGAGGGUACGAGGAAGGGGCUGAGGGAACUGACUUCACUCCUGGAUGUUAGACUGUGAACACACAUGAGGAACCUGAGGUCGUAGCAACUUUGGGGGAUGAAGAUAGGGAAGGAGUGAGCACAAAGAAUGCUUUCCCCCAAAUCAGGAAAAGACAAAUGUGACACCUGCCAGGAGCUUCCCAGCUCUCAGGGAGGCACUUGGGGGUUGACUUCCUCCCCUGACACGCGCAAGAGUUGGCAGAAGGCCCCCUUGCCGACAGGGCGGAGGCUGACACUGCUGACGUCAAGGUCACCUUGAAUUACAGCAAAUGACUGACACAGACGGACGCCAAAUGAGCACAGAUGAGUGGAUGCAUCUCCCAAGUUAGACUUGUUCCCACUGUCACUGUAAAGCAGAUGGGGGUGGGGGCAGUUUCCAGAAUGUUGGAAAUAAACCAAGAGCUUACGUGUAAUGUUAUACGGCGCACUCUUCCAAAAACUGCUUAUUCACCUUGUGUGGUUCCAGGGUACCAGGCUCAAUGCCAGGAUAUCGCACAUUCCAUGUAACCCUAGCAAAGCCUAGUUCCUUCUCUAUUUUUGCCACUUUUUCACUUAGAAGAUUUACUUAGGAAAAUUAAUUAGUAUUUAUUUACAUUGCUUGAUUUUACCCAUUGGGAAAUGUGCUUUGAAUUUUUGAAUAUUCACAAUUAAGAAAAUAGAGUGGAACCCUUUUUUUUUUUUAUCUGUUUCAUCAGAAACAAAAUGUUAACGAUAGAGUUGAAUUAUAUGCCUUUUGUUUUUGGGAAGGGUCUGCCAAGGGCAGUGGUCAAGAACCAAGUGACCCAUCCACAAACACCAUGUGUCUUCUCGUGCGGAAGCGCUGUGCCUCGCAGCGUGUGGCAGUGGGAUGCCUGGGGGAAGCUGCACCGCUGCCACAGUCUAAUAUUAGACCUCUCAAGACUCCCAUCUGGAGUUUCCAAAUUGUCAGGCACACUUGACUUGCCUGUGUCAAAACUACUGGUCAGCUACUGAAAAUAUUUAGAACUCAGGUCUUUGCUUUGAAAUACGGAGCAGAGUGGCUCAAACAUAGAUUAGGUGCUGUUAGAAAUGGGAAUAGUAGUGUGUUGCCACCUUAUUUUUAUAUGGGAGAAUAGGGGGGAAAUGAAAAAAUAAAUUUUUAAGAAGAAAGAAAAUGAAGGAAAAACCCUGAUGGUGAUGGGUGAGACAUCUUCCUCCACAGAUAGCACAACCUGUGGAUUGUAGAAUAGUGAGAUUGUCUAAAAGUAGAAAUUAUUUUGGGAACAUACCACAUUAAUAAUAUAGUCUUAUAAAAAAAUUUAUCCAAUACCUGUGAAUCCUUUUGUUGUCUUCUGUUUUCCACCCUGCUCAUUGGCACCACUUCAAAAGCCAGGUCCUAAAUGACCUUGACAAAAGGAAAUGCAUUAACUUUUUAGAUAGCAGAAUUCUAACAUUCCCGGUGUUUUUGGUGUGGUAGAGUGAUUUUUAGGAAUCAGUAGGUUGUGCUAAAAUGCUUUAAGAUAGGCCAAAGCAAAUUGAUUAUGUUUUGCAGUCUCCUUUAAUUCAUAACCUACAGUUGCUCUGUGUUAAAGGGUAAAAAGGCCAUAGUCCGUGACCAAAAUCUCUGAUGUAAAACACGCGUGUGACCUAGGACCAAGGGGGUGCUCUCUGAGUAGGCUGCAUUGGUGGGAGGCAGUCAUCUGUCCCCAGGUGAAUGUAACCACUUCUUAGGGCUUCAUCCCAGGGGCUGGGUCCCCCAUGUGGGCCAAGGAGGGCCUCUGCGCGAUGCUCAGGGUUCUGUGUGUACCUCCCAUUUCACAAGGGAGUUUUAGCAAAUGCCUGAAAGAACUGUCCUGAUCAGAGGAGCAGUUGAGCAGUACCAUGGGAGAAAGAAAACUGCUCGUCUUGGCAGCCUUGAGACUUACUUUGGAUUGGGAAUCUAUUCGAAAAUGUGAAUGUGGUAUGGCAGAACUACAGUGUUACUACAAAGUCAAGUCAUUGAAUUCCGCUGCUGAUACAAGGGAGGGUUUUAAUACACCGCUGCCAAGAGUGUGUGUGUGUGUGUGUGUGUGUGUGCAAUAAGUUGGUAGACUCAUGUUCCUAAUGUAUUUAAGAGCCAACACGAGCAGCUGGUAACACUGGGUGCUAUUACAACUGCCUGCACUGCGUGCUGUUUUCCAGGAGAUGGAGCCAGUUAGGUUUGGUCGAUUCACCGAAUAUCAAACACUGCUCUUCUUCCCACCUAGACCUUCCCUGCAAGCAGGUACUGGGUAGCCACAGGCUUACCUUCUUUUUCUCUUCAGUAAUUAUCAAUGAAGAGAUCUCCUUAAGGGAGCACUUGGCUGUUAUCGAUAAAAGAAUUAGUCUCCAAGCCAUUUGGUGAUGUCUGGCAGCAUCACUGUAGAACUAUCUUGUCACUUUUUACUUCCCUCUGGGUGGAGCCUCCUGGCCUCCCCAGUCAUGGCAACAAGGUCAUCUUUUCUCUGCAGUCGGUGACUCUGCCCCUACUCGGGUAAGUAGUUCCUCAGUGGAGAAAAGCAGCUGCGGUCAUGUCCCUCGUCUGCUGAUCGACCACCCAUGAGCUCCUUAAUCCCACUCACUCCUCCCAGACGCUGUAGGGUUUUCUCUCACUGUUGCCAAUGAUGUCAUCCAGACAGUGCGCUCAUAUCUUAUGGUUUUGUGCAAUCAUUGUUGUAUUGUAGUCCUAAGACUCAUUAUUAUAGUGUAUUUUUGAUAUUUUUGAAAUGUGUUAAAUUUUUUAAUUCAAUAAUACGAGCCAGAGCAUGUUGCAGCAAAUCUAUUAUUUGUAAAAAAUAACAAUAAUAAUAAUAAAUAAAAUAAAA